AUGCCGUGUCUGUCGCACCCCCAGGCGGCGCGCAGGUCUGUCGCCGGCUGCCUGGGCCGCCUGCGCGAGGCCCUGGAGAAGGUGCUGCCAGAGUCGGCGGCCCUGGGGGAGCAGUGCGCGGCGUCCCUGCGUGUCCGCCAGGCCGCGCUGAGCCAAACUUUCUCCGGCAGCCUUCGCCGCGGCGGCGACGCCUCCGCCGCGGCCGCGGCAGCCGCAGCCGCCGCCGCGGCCGCGGCCGCCGCGCCGGCGGAGGCCGGGGUGCAGUGGCAGGAGAUCCGGGAUCUGGGGGAGAUCCUCGGCCUGAAGGUGGACGGUCACCACCCGCCCAAGGACGCCCGCACCGCGCUGCAGGCGGCCGCGCUGGCGGCGGCGACACGCGGCGCGCUCGUGGCCGUGCCCGAUUGGGUGCGGAUGCCAUCCAAGUACCAGAGACACUGGCUGAAGUACACCGCGAUUGCAGGCGCGUCGGCGUGGGGGCUGUCGUUUGUGUACCGCCACAGCCGCCUGGCGGGGUCCGACGACCUCGAGGUGUGGGGACGCAGCGCGGCCGCCACGCUGGCGGGCACGUGGCGGGCGCACCUGGUGGAACCCGUGGUGGCGCUGAGGGACGAGCUGUUCAAGACAUUCCGCGACCGCCCCUCGAUCGUGAGCACCGCGGAAUUCGAAACCGACAAGCAGUCGCUGCUGCGCAUGCUCAAGGACUUCGAACGUGACCGCCCCCGCUUCGCCCGCGCCGCCGCCGUCACCGCCGCUGCCGCUGCUGCGACGCCGCCGGCGGCGCCGGCCGCGGGGGUGGCCGCGGCAGGAAGCGGCGGCAGCAGCGGCGGCGGCGGCAGCGGCGGCGGGGGCGGCGGCGCAUCAGCGAGCGAGGCGGACGCCGUGAGUGGCGGCAUGGCGGCGGUGAUGGCGUGCUAUGAGAAGGAGCUGACGUCGCCGAUCAGGAAUUUGGUGGCAGGAGACCUGGGGCGGACGCUCCUCAUACAGGCGCGUGGUGGGAGGAGGGGUCGGGUUCAGCGCCUCAAGGUGGACACAGAGGCGGCCAUGCUGGAGCUUGACCAGAUCCUGCGCGCCAACGAGCUCAGCAUAUCACUCGUGGCCGGUUUGUGCGUGUGA